UAAUUUUUGAUCGCUUAUUUUCUCAAUUUUUUGAUAUUAAUUUGGCUUUUUUUGACUAUAAUAAAGAAGCAAUGUUUAAUAGAUCCAAAAAGGAAAUCGUGAAAAACUUACCAAAUAGAGGUAAGUAGGUGUUUUUUUUUAUAACAGUUAAUUGGGUAAAGGUUUCUCUGUUUUAAAAAAUUACCCAAAUCACGCGUUUGAAAAUUUAAUUCUGGUUAAUUUCCACGUCAUGAAUGCAAUAAAUAUCGUUCCCCUUUUGCAUCUAUAAUUAAUGAAGAUCCCGUGAUAAAAAUCUAUCCUGACGCAAGGAUUUACAUAGUUGCUCAAAUCUGCGCCUGAGAUCAUAAACAUGAUAAAUCAAUGAUCGGAAUAUUUGUCGCUAAUCAAGUCGAUCAAUUAACGAGUCUCGGCUUAGGCCGAGUUCAAAGCUUUGAUCCGGUCAUAAAUAUGACAGUGCGGCUGGUAAUCCCCGUCUGCAUUAUCGCUCAUCUCGGUCUCCGUCUGCCGCCGUUCCCCGGAGCCGUCGUCUCUCUCGAUCCGGGCGCAAUCCGGUGUAAGCUGAAAGGUAACCAAAGCAGUGGGCAGAGCACAGGAGGGUUCAAGCCUGCCUAUCGUGUGAGCACAAGUAGCCAACCGAGCUCGAGUCGAUGAGCUUCAACCUCUUCACCAGAGGAGAGCCUCCAAGGUUUCUGGCGCGCAGUGAACUUGAAACGCGGUGAUAACAUUAACGAGUGAUCGUGUGCAGAGAGGCACCCAUGAACAGUGCGCCAGCAAAAUGCUAAUCUCCAACGGAAACGCGUUGGGAAGCGGAAACGACUUUUCCAAUGUUCCUGGACUUUCCGGCUGUUGUCCCGUUCCGGUCGCUCCCGCCGCCCGAUCCGCCAUUGUCAACUGGAAAAUGGACUCCGUCGGGUUGCCUGCCCCUAACACGGCGCCCAGUGUUCUCUCUACGGCCAUUCCGCUCUCGCCCACAGUAGCCUCAUCGCCGACAAUUACCAGUCCUGCUGGGGCCGCGUCGGGAGCCUCGACGGUCCCGUCCUCCCUUGCCCCAUCUGCCCUCAGGGAGCUGUACGGAAACGCGGCCACGGCUCCCGGCCAUCCGCUCGCUUCGCUAGUCUCGCAACAAAGGUUCCUGGAGUUGUCCAGAUUCGGGCUAAGACACUACGACCUGGCCCAGCAUAUGCUCACCCAACAAGGUGCCGUCACGAAAUUGUUGGGCACGCUUCGACCGCCUGGACUAAUCGGUGGCAGCAAGCCCAAAGUGGCAACUCCAGCCGUAGUCUCGAAGAUAGAACAGUACAAAAGAGAGAAUCCGACGAUUUUCGCAUGGGAAAUCCGAGAGAGAUUGAUAUCAGAAGGUGUGUGCACUAAUGCGACGGCUCCAUCCGUGAGUAGCAUCAACAGGAUACUCAGAAAUCGCGCGGCGGAAAGAGCUGCCGCGGAAUUCGCCCGAGCUGCUGGCUAUGGCCUCUACCACCCCCAUCCUUACGCAGCAGCUGCUGCUGCCUUCCCUUGGCAUUCACCUCUGUGGCCUAACAGUCCUCUGGGACUCCAACCUCCAGGCGCCGGUUCGUCCAUGAUGGCCGGCUCCCCCAGCUCCUCUGGAUCCCCACAUCCCGACCACGGCCUUCUCAACUCACCUCCUGGCACCCACCCCGACAGCAAAGACGAUUCGAGUCUGGACAGCUCCGAGCAACCCAAAUUUAGAAGAAACCGGACAACUUUCAGCCCCGAUCAGUUGGAAGAGCUGGAAAAGGAGUUCGAGAAGAGCCACUAUCCGUGCGUUUCGACGCGGGAGCGUCUCGCGUCGAAGACUUCGCUGUCGGAGGCCCGGGUUCAGGUUUGGUUUUCUAACAGACGAGCGAAAUGGAGACGCCACCAGCGCAUGAACCUGCUAAAGCAGUCCUCUCCGGGCCCGCAAGGCAGCCAGUCUUCGAUGUUCGGCGGCCGCUUGACGCCCUCACCGCACUACACAGCCGCUUCCACCCCUGGCUCGCCGCUUACUACUCGCACCGGGGGACCGACGGCUUCCUCCCUUUUGUUGCAGAUGGGCGGAGAAAAUAGUGCCUUCAAAGCUUUGGUACCGAACCAAUUGCUGGCGCAUGAUAACAUGAGACGUCUCAGUGAUUACGCGACGGAUUCCGAGGAGGAGAUCAACGUCAACGACGAGUCGGAUAACGACGAGCCACGGAGGCGGAGGUCGCGCUCUUCGAGUCCCGUCGAAGUAGUCGACUCACCGGCCAAAGAGACGCCCACAUGUCAGCCUUUGCAGCUCACUAUGCACGAUCGCGAUUAAUUUACGAUUACGUACAUGGUGAAACAACAUUACCAAAGCAAUUCAACUCUUAUAACACUUAUUUAUCUCUGUAAAUACUAUUUAAAUGACGCGACGGAUACACCAAAAGGUUCCUCCACUCGGCCCGAUAAUUAACACAGAUGGCAGUUUUGUUCCAAAAUCAAAAAAGACUUAAGCUCACUAUUCAGUAUUAGCGAAUUAAGAAGUCAAAAUUUUUGGUAGCAAGUCAGGUCAGGUCAAAUUAUUUCAAACCCCUACUAGUCAUUUCUUGUUUUGAUUUUGGAACCGUUGUCGCCGGUGACCCGAGUCCCUCACCUAGUGUUGGUUUCGUAGGAGUAAUCUGAUGCGAGGAUCAUAGAAAUAACUGGACGCACUUGUAAAUAAUAGAAGAAUGAGUCGUACUGUCUGAACGUACUUGUAGAAUAGGAGGAAAUUGUUGAUAUUUAAAUUAUGUGUAUAUGGAAGACGAGGAAAUCGUCUUGGCUUAAUAAAUUGCCUGGUUGUCGUGUUGUUAGAGAGCGUAGGCUUUUCUAAUGAAUGGACAGCCGCGGCAACUCGUCCAUUGUAUAGUAGCCGUAAGAAACUGUAAUAAUUGUUAACGAAAUACAAUUUGCAUAAACGUU